GGCAAGCGGCGGGGCAGCGCGGGAGUGGGCAUCGAUCGAUCGGUCCAUCCAUUUGUUGGGGAUGAGUUACGCCGCGGAGAUCGAGAGCUCGGUGGUCAGGCCGAAGCUAAACUUGCAGCCCAGGAGCUCCGUGGCGGAUCUUGCUGGGAUGGGAGCGAAAUACGCCAACAAGCCCAGCCCGUUUGGAGCUGCUCGUCCAAGGGAACAAGUCCUAGCGGAGCGCCAAGGAAAGAAGGAGGAGGACGUUUUCAAGGAGCAAGCACAGAAGGAAUGGAAAGGCAGCAUCAUACUAACUGAACCGCAACGCGAGGAGAAAAGAGCGGCCGAAGCCGAGCUUGCUUCUGCUCGCCGGGAGCUGGAAGCCGAGGUCGAUCCGGUCAAGCUCAAGACUCUCAAGGAGGACGUGAUCAUCAAGCAACGGAAGCUCGAGGGUCUACUCAACUCAUUCGAGGCAAGCUUGUUUUGAUCUUCGAAAGCACUUAAAGAGAUGGGAUCAACUCCAGAGACUCGCCGUUCAGACUGCUCAGUCCGGAGGCAUCCGACGCUCUUACGACAAGAAGCAGCGCGGCGAUCUAGUCUUCGCAGAGCAACCUCAAGACGGAUUCAUCAGCUUCUCCUCCAGAGUCCGGCUAGGAUCAUCGAACUACGAGAGCUGGAGUGGCGGCUAUAGGGGACGAGCGAAUCUAACCCAGUGCUUUACCUGUGGCGAGAUCGGCCACUUCUCUCGUGACUGCCGAAACAGCAACUACGCGAGAGGCCGUCCGUGUUUCACUUGCGGCCAAGAGGGCCAUUACUC